UCGGCAGUAGGCUUUGCGCCAGCGCUGAGAGCGAACGCGGUCGUGAAGGCGUUUAUGAAGUGCGCGAGUCAAUAUAACGAGUGUAGCUGCAGCGAUCGAGUAAACAGAGAAACAUGGAAGUGGCCGGUCAAUGGCGUCGAGAGUGGGCUGGUACAGCGGAAUAUGGGAAGGUUAUCGAAGGUGGUGUGACAAAACGUGUAGCCCGAGCCAUGGAAGUAUUGAACGCUAGUGCUCCUGGGGCUAGCGUGCGAGUCAUGCGCGCCGCCUACCACUCGUCAUCCGGUCCUGGAGCACCCACCGCCUCCUACUUGAUGCACUCUUCCAGACAAGUCCUAUCAUCGGGUUAUAAUUUCUUAGAAACACCGUCACUGCCAACAAAACCUCUGGAAAUAUCUUCAACACCACUAUAUUCAUCACCCGACAGCGAAACGGAAAAUUAUAAAGUAACAGAGCCAGAUGACUUUGAAAUAUCUGAACCUUCAAAGUGGAGAAGAUCCACCGGGGCAAGUUCUAUUCGGAUGCCUAGCGAAGAAUCUUCAUCGGCAGAUAACGCGAGUAUAAUUGAUCUCGAUUCAAGAUCUAGUAGUAGAAGUACUUUCCGAAGAAGCUUUAAUGGAAAACAUGACGUUAAGGGAAUCAAUGGGAAUACGAGGAUUUCCCCUUUACUUGAUGCACCUACAACAUUGAGCACGCUUAAAUAUACUUCUUUAUUAAAUGCCAGUGAUGAAUGGAAUAACAGAAGGAAAAGUUACAGCUUCGAGGACACGUCACCAAUGAAAAAGAUCAAUGACGUUAUCAACUUAAGUAUAGAUUCAUCUACUGACAGUGGAAUUUGCAAGUCAACAGAAUUAUUUAAUGAUUCUAACAAUUCGACGGUCCCCAAAAACAAUGAACAUUUGGAACAUACAUCAGAAAUAAAACAAGACUUUAAAGACUGGCUUUCGAAAAAUAGACGGAAUACGUACAAAGAAAUCAAAAUGUCGCCACCAAAAUGUGUUCACAUUCAUGAUGAUAGUAAUAUAACACUUCAAUCUACAGGAAAAGUGACAAUAACUCUGCCUGUAGACGUAACAUACUCGGAGCAGUAUGAAAAUCAAUCUAAAUCAAGCGAUGAAAAUGACCGUAAAACUAAAAAAGUUGAGUUUUGCAAGACAGAGUUACAUUUCACAGCAGAUACAGGUACCGUUAAUAUUAUUGCAACCGACGAAAAACCGCCACCGUCUAACGAUUUUAGAAGAAGGAAAAGUGCUUUCGUACCAUUAAAUGAAAAGAGUGACAGACCGAUAACACUAUUUGGCAUUAAACCUGAAAUUUCUGAAAUUGAUACCAACUAUGGCGUUUCGAAUCAUAGCUUAGGCGAUAAUGACGAGAAUACAGCAGCUACAAAAGGUAUUCUCAAAAACAAAAUUCCGAAGCCCAAACCAUAUCUUUUGGGUGAGAACAUGGCAUUUGGGACUUCAAAUAAUCAGAAGACUGACGAAUUUGAGAAAUCUGGCACCGUGCUAAGUGCAGUUUCAUUGAUAAAUAGACAGUUGCAGUCUGAAAGGCGAUACAGUAAUGACACAACAUCCAGCGCUACAAGCGAUCUGGAUUUGAGCCCUCAUAUAAAUAAACCAUUCAGGACACCAAACAAAGAUCCACUACUACGAGGCAGCUCAAAUCAAAAAUUUUCUACACGUUCUAUCGAGUCAUCAAUUCAAUAUAAUUCGAAAAUAAGUUCAAAACCAUCGUCUAUAUCACCAACGCCGAGCAGGAGUCAGAUAAGAGAACUUCGUGGCAGUGAAUUAGCUUACUUUGGGAUUUCUAAUGACCUAAAUAAUACCUUUGACCAUAACCAAGAUAAUUUGCAAGAAGAAAUACUCCACUCUGUAAAAUUAGUUCAAAAAAUAUCAAACAGUGUUUGCAAUAGCGAAGCAGAGUCUGACGACGGGCACGAUUAUCAGAAUAUUUCUACUAGUUAUGAUCUUAAAAAACAAGCCACUCCCACUCCCAAACCAAGGACGAAAUACAGUGAUGUGAAUGGAAAAAUUACAGAGCAUAGAGUAUUACAAUCAAUUACAGAACAAGAAACAGAUUUAGAGGGGUCGUCCAAAAUAAACCAAAAUAUUCUUAAUAAUCCAAAAGAGAGCAUACAUCCACCUCGAGAUAAAAAUAGAAGCACGGUCAAUAAAGAGAACGUUGUUAUGCAAAAGAUUACGAGGAAAACUACUUCAGACAAUUCUUCUUUCCUAAUAAAAGAUAACCAUUCUUUGAAGAGAGAGAAAGAGGCGAAAAAUACCACCAAAGAAUACGGAAAUCUUAAGUUAGAGAGAAAAACGUCACGAAAAGAAAUUAAAAAACCGGAGUCACCGACAUACAUUAAUGUGGAUACAAAAAAACAUCCCCCCGAAAGAGUAAAGAAAACAUCACAGGAUUUAAACGCCAAGCAGAAAAGUACAAGUGAGAAACGAGAGUCUGCUAACUCCAGAAAAGAUGAGAGAGAACGCAUAUAUUCAAUAAAAUCGACUGAGCCUAUUGACAAAAACAGAGAAAACCAUUACAAAGAGAAUAAAGAAAAAUACGAAGAUAAACGAGAUCAGCAAACUCCAUUGGUAAAGAAACGUGCACAAAAGCGGACUGAGAAACUAUGUACGCCAGAAAACCCUCCGAAAGAUUCUGUCAGGCAUUCUUUAUCUAUGGAAAAUAAAGCUUCACCAAGAAAAGUCGACCUAAACUAUAAAUCAAUCAAAAACGGCUCUUUAAAUAAAAAUAAUUUCCGCAGUACAACCAAUAAUUCCGCAGGAAACGGUAGCUUGUCAAGAAUUGAAAAGAAAUCUGAAAACGAUUACUCUAAAAGGGAUACGAUAAAAAUUCCAAAAAUUACCACGGUCCAUAAACAAAUUCUAGGCGACAACACUUCAAACGGCAAGAAAACAACGUCAAAAUCUCAUCGUGACACAUUAAAUUCUCAACAAUCGUUACAAUCGAAUCAAAACAAAUCGAGUAACGUAAAAAUCGAUAAAUCAAUAAAGCCUCAUCGUAGCAAAUACGUUAUAAAUUACGAUGAUAAAAAUGGAACAGUAUCAUCUGUUUGCAAAAUUAAAACUGGUCCCGGUACGUAUAAAAGAAAAAUUAUCCCUGUAGAAAGUAAAGAUUACGAACCGACUAAAGGUUUAAACAAAAUAGCCCUGCUAAACCUACCCGACCCUCACUGGAUACAAGACAAGGCAUACAGAAAAAAAUGGAAGUCGACGCAUGAUCAAAGAUCUUGCCAACUGCUGUAAUCUAUUUGUGUUUUAAGUGUUGUGCCCACGAGUCGUUUUAUAUAUGUAUUAAUAGUAAGUAAGAUAAUGAUCUCACAACUGAACUUGUAUUGGGUGUGAUAUACAAUGUGCCGUCUAACACUGCUGUCGCAAUUAAUACAAUUAAAAUAUUCCAUAACAAAAAA